AAAACGUAAUUGAAAAAGUACAUUUCGUGUUUAUACGUCACAACGCACAAAUCCGUUUGAUGGGAAAACGCUCAUAUUUUCGGAUUUUAGAAUAGUGGCGUGAAAUCCGCACAAAUAAUAAAAUAAACACGUUUACCAUGUGAAUGGAUCGUCAUAGCGUCACGUGACAGUGUUUUAGUCAUGGCUGACGACUGCAGAAGACAGGCGUUCGAACUGGAGAGAAGGAUUUUUGAGUUGGACAAUAAAUGCGCCAGCCUCAGAACCGAGAAACAAGAUGAUGACUAUUUACAGAAUGCUUCUUUGAUACUAGACAAGUUGAAAAGCUUUUACAGACAAGGGGGGGAGAGUAACAGUCUGCCUAAACUGCUUCAGGAUUACACUCAGGUGAUCCUGGACAUCACAUUCUAUGAGGAAAACAAGCUGGUGGACCAGGAGUUCCCAGAGGACUGCUCACCCUUUAAGAUCCAACAGCUGCUGCAGGACCUCACAGAGCCAGAAGUGUUGGCCGGUAGACUGGUCCCGGCCCAAGAGGUGCAGUCAGUGCUGGGGCUAGAGGUGUUAGAGUGCCUCUACUGGAGACGUGGAGCACUGCUUUACAUGUACUGCCACACACUCCACCAACGCAAGCAGUGGAUCAAGAAGAACAAAGCCACUUUCCUCAAGUGUCUUCAGGAGGGUGUACGUUACCUGAUGAGGAUGCUGCAGGUGAGGAACUCCGUGAAGCUCAACGAUGGGGUGGUGUUUCACGACUCUGCUACCGCCAACUUCCUGGCUGAAGGCAUCUUCUCAGACACCCACCUGCUGACGAUGAUGUACAUAGGGGAGAUGUGUUUCUGGGCAGUGAAGUACGAGGACUGCAGCGUGGAUUCCACGGAACGCAAAGAGGACCGGCUUCACUUCCGGGACAUUGGGACGCAGAUCCUACACAAAUACGUGCUUGUCUGUGACGGCCCUCUUCAGGGCCAGGGCUGGAACACAGAGAAUGCCAAGGAAAUCCUAAGUAUCUUACAGUGAACCAGGGAGGGCUAUGGGUACAAGUUUCCUUUAGGCACUGAUCUAGGAUCAGAUUAUCAAACCCCACAUUGUAAUGCUAAGCAUUACGGGAGGAGGCAUCUGAUGGAUCAGUUUCUAGGGUGAACUUCUUUCUGUUCUGAAAGGCUCUGGCUGACUGAAGGGUGAAGUUUGGGGCAAGGGUAGGUGAAGAAUGAAGGGCUAGGGUAGGGAGGGAUGUUAAUGGGAUGUGAGUCUCCCAUCUCCUGCAAGAAGCACUUAUCUUCCAAAUUUCAGACUGUUGGUUGGGCAUGUGUUUUGCUCUGAGAAUGGUAGAAUAAAUACAUUAAAAUAAGAUUAUUAACAAAAUAAAUUGUAAAAACAAAGUAUUGUUUGAAGAUGAAUCAUAAUCUAGCUUGUAAUGAAACAUUGCAUAGCAACUUUUUUUAUUUAUUGUUUUAAUUUUGUUAUGUUUUAAAUUAAUUGCAUCUAUAUAUAAAUAUAUAUUGGGGGGGGGGGUAAGAUGGG